AUGACCAAUCCUCAAGAUAUCGCCAAUGCAUUCAAGAGUGCAGUUAACAUUUCCGGCUCCCCCAAUGCAGUUUCGACUUCACCAACCCAAUCGUACUUGAGCCAAUAUGUUCCGUCGAAACCAACUAAAGUAUUGAAGCCAUUCUCUACUGGUGAUAUCAAGAUACUAUUGUUGGAAAAUGUCAACCAAACUGCAAUCAACAUCUUUAAAGGACAAGGUUAUCAAGUGGAAUUUUAUAAAUCCUCGUUACCAGAAGAAGAAUUGUUGGAAAAGAUUAAAGACGUGCAUGCCAUCGGUAUCAGAUCAAAGACUAAAUUGACUGAAAAAGUUUUGAAACAUGCCAAAAACUUGGUUGUUAUUGGAUGCUUCUGUAUUGGUACAAACCAAGUUGACUUGGAUUUUGCUGCCAAGUCAGGUGUUGCAGUUUUCAAUUCACCAUUUUCUAACUCAAGAUCAGUCGCUGAAUUGGUUAUUGCUGAGAUUAUUACCUUAGCUAGACAAUUGGGAGACAGAUCAAUUGAAAUGCACACCGGAACUUGGAACAAAGUUAGUGCCAAAUGUUGGGAAAUCCGAGGAAAGACUUUGGGUAUCGUGGGUUACGGACACAUUGGAUCUCAAUUGUCAGUUUUGGCCGAAGCUAUGGGUAUGAAUGUCAUCUACUACGAUGUCAUGACAAUCAUGUCAUUGGGUAACUCAAAGCAAGUGGGAACUUUAGAUGAGUUGUUACAAAAGGCUGACUUUGUCACAUUACACGUCCCUGCAACUCCAGACACCAAAAAUUUAUUGAGCGCACCACAAUUUGCCGCAAUGAAAGACGGUGCAUAUGUUAUAAAUGCUUCCAGAGGAACGGUUGUUGAUAUUCCAGCAUUGGUCCAAGCUAUGAAGGCCGGAAAGAUUGCUGGUGCAGCAUUGGAUGUGUACCCACAUGAACCAGCCAAGAAUGGUGAAGGAUUGUUUAGUGAUGAUUUAAAUGGUUUUGCUAGUGAAUUGACAUCAUUGAGAAACGUCAUUUUGACUCCACACAUUGGUGGUUCAACUGAAGAAGCUCAAUCAGCUAUUGGUGUGGAAGUUGCCAACGCAUUGACCAAAUACAUCAAUGAAGGUACAUCUCAAAGUGCUGUCAAUUUCCCAGAGGUUUCUUUAAGACCAUUGGAUUUGGACCAACAAAAUGUUGUCAGAGUAUUGUACAUCCAUCACAAUGUUCCAGGUGUUUUGAAGACGGUCAACAAUAUCUUGUCCAAUCACAAUAUCGAGAAGCAAUUCAGUGAUUCACAAGGUGAUAUUGCUUAUUUGAUGGCGGAUAUCUCAGAUGUGGAUAUCAGCGAUAUCAAGGCAUUGUAUGAGCAGCUAGAACAGACUCCAUAUAAGAUUGCCACCCGUUUAUUGUAUUAA